AUGGCGACGCGCACCCCAACAAACGAAUACCUCUUUUCGUACACAUCAGGACGAUUCUUGUUCAAUGAGGACCGCCGACGCCAGGAACGCUAUGUCGAGUUUGACGUUGAAGCCUUCAAGGAACUGGCUGCACAGGGCAUUGAGCCUGGCCAUGGCAAGGUCGCGCAUAUCGCAAAGUUUGCCGAAGGCGGGUUCAAUCGUGUUUUCCUUCUCACGAUGGACGACGGCUUUCAGGCGAUAGCCAAAAUUCCAUAUAAGAUUGCCCUUCCUAAACGUCAUGCGACCGCGAGCGAGGCUGCUACGUUAGAGUUCUUACGGCUGAAGGGUAUCCCAGUGCCAAAAGUUUACAGCUACUCUGCGUCGGUGGAUAAUGCAGCCGGAGUCGAAUAUAUUAUUAUGGAAAAAGUCAAUGGUGUACCAAUUGAGACGAAGUGGUUAUCGAUGACAAAGCGAGAAAGGCAUACGCUGGCUUCCAGCUUCGUGGAGAUUGAGAAAAAGCUCUUUGGUCUGCCAUUCCAUUCGAUUGGGAGCAUCUACUUUAAACAUGACUUGCCUCCGGGUCUUCAGGCACCUCUAUACUCCAGUGAUUGCAAGUCAGAUAGUACUUCAGAGAGCUUCUGCAUUGGCCCUAUUGCAGAUUAUAUGUUCUCAUAUGGGAAGAGAGCAGGACUAGACAUAUAUAGGGGACCAUGGGGGGAUUGGAAAUCCUAUCUCUGCGCAAUCGGCGAGAGGGAAAUUGAAUCAACUCGUCGGAAACACGAUCCAAAGCAAUACAUCGCACUUUUAGAAAAGUAUCUGGCGCUAGUUCCUUUCCUCCUCCCGAAAGAUGAUGGCCACCAACUAAACCAGCCGACUCUCCGUCAUCCAGAUCUAAACCCCAAUAACAUCUUCAUAUCCCCUGAAACCGGUGCAAUCUCCAGCAUCAUCGACUGGCAGCAUGCAACAAUAGAGCCACUACUUCUCGUGGCCGGCUAUCCCCGCGCUUUCGAAAAUCCGGAGGUAAAUGAGUCGCCAGAUCUAAAGGAGCCACAACUCCCGUCUAACUACGACUCACUACCUUCCGACGAAAAGGUUGAGGCUGAUGAGUUGUAUCGUCGGCAGACACUCUAUCAUUACUAUCGCGUAUGCAAUGGAGUAUGUAAUAUAACCCAUCUCAAGGCCCUGCGUGACCCAAUUUUACACCCUCGAAAACACCUCAUCGAUAGGGCAGGCCGACCGUGGAGUGGGAAUUUGAUUACAUUGAUGGGCGCACUGGUCAGAAUGACCGAGUACUGGUCCCUUCUCCCGGAUACAAAAGGGGUUGAUUGCCCCGUUAAGUUUGAAGCCGGCGAUUUGGAAGAAUUCCACAAAAAGGAGGAGAUUUGGUUUGCUAUCAAUGCUGUCGUGAAUCUCUGGCGGGACAAGAUUGGAGUGAACGAUGAUGGCUGGGUGAGCAAUGAGGGAUAUGCAGAUGCUGUCAAGACAGCAAAGCAGGUCAAAGCUGAGCUUUUAGAGGAGAUGAUGGGGGGCCAGGGUGACGAAGAGGAUAUUGAUUCGUUACAUAACCGUUGGCCCUUCCAGGACCAUGAGGAAGUCGAUUAG